UCAAAUCAACGGCCCAGACAUGAUUUUGAAACCCAUGACGUGCUGAAGUUUUUGUUAAAUAUCUAUCUAAAUUCCCAUAGCAAUCUGUGUCUGCGCUUUCCAUAUUCUCAUGAGCCUUCUCGAUCACUUGUGGGAUGACACCGUCGCCGGACCUUUGCCGGAGAAUGGUCUCGGCAAGCUCCGAAAACACCCUUCCUUCCUUUCCCGAUCUAUCUCCGACAAGGAAUCAGAGGGUGGAAACGUGAGAUCCUACGGUGGGGAUUCGUUAGAGGGUGCAGUGAAAGUGACACGUAGUAUCAUGAUAGUGAAACCAGCUGGGUACCAGAGUCCAAGUGGAUCAGCUCCGGCUUCCCCCGCUGGUUCUACUCCGCCGCUAUCUCCGUUUUCCGGUAAGGAGCUAGAGAGCCGUUUCGUUUUCGAAGAAGGUCAAUAUCAGAUGCGUACGAGAGCGAGGUCAAGACAGGCCAAAACAGACCAAGCUCUUCUUCUCCUUUCGAUGUGUGAUAAGUGAAGCUAGUUAGUGAUAGUGAAGAUCAUUGGAUCGAUGUGUGCUCGUUUUCGUUUUGGCUCAAGCUGUAUCCAACGCAGUUUUGCUUUGUGUGUUUGUGUGUGUUUGUGUGUGUUUGAUGUAUAUAGAGGUUGUGUAGUUCUUGCAAAUAGUUAGCAUGUUGUUUUUUUUAGUCUCCAGAGUUGCUAAUAAUAAUGUUUUGUUUGUUUAAAUAUA